AUGGCAGCCUUAAACUCCAGCAGUGCUUUGUCCUCCACUUUCUAUCUCACUGGCAUCCCCGGAUAUGAGAAAUAUCACCACUGGAUUUCCAUCCCAUUCUGUCUUCUCUACUUUGUGGGAAUCACAGGGAACUGCACCAUCCUGCAUAUAGUGAGAACAGACCGCAGGCUGCAUGAGCCCAUGUACUACUUCCUGGCCAUGCUUUCCCUCACUGACAUGAGUAUGUCCAUGCCACCAAUGAUCACACUCUUCCGUGUGUUGUGGUCCAUCUCCAGGGAGAUCCAGUUCAAUGUCUGUGUGGUCCAAAUGUUUUUCAUUCAUGCUUUCUCCUUCACUGAAUCUUCUGUGCUCUUGGCUAUGGCCCUAGACAGGUAUAUAGCCAUCUGUCACCCUCUGAGAUAUGCUACCAUCCUCACCCCAAGACUUAUCUCUAAAAUUGGAAUUGCUGGCCUGCUUAGGAGUUCCUUACCCCUAAUUCCACUCAUGAUCCGGUUGUCCUUCUUUCCCUUCUGCCGUUCCCAUGUUCUUUCUCACUCUUAUUGUCUGCACCAAGACAUCAUCCGUCUAGCCUGUGCUGAUAUCCGGUUUAAUUUUACCUACGGUCUAAUGGUGGUCAUUAUGUUAUGGGGUUUGGACUGCCUGGGUAUUUUUGUGUCUUAUGUCUUUAUACUUCACUCAGUAUUAAAAAUGUCAUCCCAUGAGGGGAGGUUUAAGGCCCUCAACACAUGUGCAUCCCACAUCUGUGCUGUACUCAUUCUGUAUGUGCCUAUGAUUGGCCUUUCUAUGAUCCAUCGUUUUGCCAAACACUCCUCCCCACUCAUCCACAUUUUCAUGGCACAUAUCUACUUACUAGUUCCUCCUGUACUCAACCCAAUCAUCUACAGUGUGAAGACCAAGCAGAUCCGCCAAGGAAUGCUCCUCCUUUUUCUCCCAAGAAACACUGGUUCUUCUGUGAUGUAG